GCUAAAUUAUGGUUGCGCGAAAUCGGAAUGUUGGAUUAAUGCAGAGGAGAGUUCGAUUUUCAACACAAAGUUCCCAUCUCCGAAGUUUGGCACGGAGGUUCGCCGAAGAAACAUGGCCGAAGGUGGUGAGGGCACAUGCGUCGGGAAAGAACCAUGGACGGUGUCCGAGACGGAAGACGGCACACAAGCCCAUUGUAUGCACGGAACAGGCCACUGCAAGUGGUUCAACGUGCGAAUGGGCUUUGGAUUUAUAUCGAUGACCAGUCGCGGGGGACAUCCCGUUGAUCCUCCAAUGGAUGUAUUUGUACACCAAAGCAAGCUGCACAUGGAGGGCUUCCGCAGCCUCAAGGAGGGUGAGGCGGUGGAGUUCACCUUCAAGAAGUCCUCCAAGGGCCUGGAGUCUGUCCGGGUGACGGGGCCGGAGGGGGCACCCUGCCUGGGCAGCGAGAGAAGACCCAAAGGGAAGACGGUGCUGCUCAAGAGAAAGCCAAAGGGAGACCGGUGCUACAACUGCGGAGGUCUGGACCACCACGCCAAAGAGUGCAGCCUGCCGCCCCAGCCAAAGAAGUGCCACUACUGCCAGAGCAUGGCGCACAUGGUGGCGCAGUGCCCUCACCGGGCAUCCAUGCCUGCGCCCACCACCACCACCGGUGCCAGCACCACAUCCACCACCACCACCCAGUCUCAGGGACGUACAAGCACUGACCCCCACGCCCCUUCUACCACCGCCACCCGCGUAUCACCUCCCCAGACCGCCUCCGCCUCCUCCUCCACCUCCCCCCAGGAGUCCACCUCCUCCCCCAGCAACAGCAAGUCCUCUAGCUCCCCUGAGGAGGGAGCGCCCAGAGGAGGAGGAGCACAAGGGAGGAGGAGGAGAAGGAGGCGUUGAGAGAGAGAGGGAGGAGGGAGCAUUUCAUUUCCCCUCCACGGGCCAACCAGGAACACCUCAGUCCAGAUAUUUGAUUCAGGCAUACAGUAUAACACAUAAACUGACACAGACAAACACACUAUAUCCACCUUAUAAAACACCUUUUUCACAGGCAUCACGUUGCUCUCGUUGGAUUCACA